AUGCUACUGAAAAAAGAAAAGGAGAAAUACGAACUUGUAAUGUCUCAUCUCAAAAUAAUGAUCAAGUCCUACAUUGAAGAGAUUGGAGAAUUAGACGUAGAGGUUGCAGGUGUGUUGAGAAAGAAGCCUUCUACUGUUCUUAAGGAACCUCCAACAGAUUUUAAGAAGCUGAAGCUGGGGAAGAUCUAUAGCAAGGGUAGGUAUAUGGUGUAUCAAGCUAGGGAAAGGACUGGUGCAGACUUUCGCAUGGGAUGUUUCUUCUUGUCUAACAAACACUCGUACACUACUUCCUUCCUUGAGCAUGUACUUGAUAUGGUGAAGAAGUUCAAGGGAAAAUUUAAAGAUAACAUCAAAUGCUUCACUGGGUUAUUGAGUUUAGGGUCCAAUUGA